GGCUCGCUCCGGCCCGGGGCUGCCCAGUCCCGCCCCGCCCCCGCCGGCCGGGGUGCUCUAGGUGCCGCGCGGAGACCCUCUGCACCCGUGCGAACAUGGCGCUGCGCGCGGUGCGGAGCGUGCGGGCCGCGGUCGGCAGCCUGCGCGCCAUCUCGGCACCCAGCGCGCCCUGCUCGCUGCGGUCCUGGGGACUGCGAGCGGGUGCCGUUCGGGCGCUGCGCACCGGCCCUGCUCUGCUGUCGGUGCGGAAAUUCACAGAAAAACACGAAUGGGUAACAACAGAAAAUGGUGUUGGAACAGUGGGAAUCAGCAAUUUUGCACAGGAAGCUUUGGGAGAUGUUGUUUACUGUAGUCUGCCUGAAGUUGGGACAAAGUUGAACAAACAAGAGGAGUUUGGUGCUUUGGAAAGUGUGAAAGCUGCUAGUGAACUCUAUUCUCCUCUAUCAGGAGAAGUAACUGAAAUUAAUAAAGCUCUAGCAGAAAAUCCAGGACUUGUCAAUAAGUCGUGUUAUGAAGAUGGUUGGCUGAUCAAGAUGACAUUCAGUAACCCUUCUGAACUAGAUGAACUAAUGAGUGAAGAAGCAUAUGAGAAAUACAUAAAAUCUAUUGAGGAGUGAAAAUGGAACCCCUAAAUAAACUACUUUGAAACAA